AUGGACCUAGCCCUCUGCCCAGGCGAUCACACGCCCUCGCGCCUAUCAUGUCUCAAGCCCAUAUGGGUCGUCAAAACACGCUCCCUUACGAAAGGGGACGUAUCUGGACGGCCGCCUACCCCCCCUGAUUACGGCACCCCCCCCUAUGCGGCCACGACGUGGUCCCCGCAAGAUACCACCGACUGGCUAGAGGCGGCGGUCCAAAACCUCUACGAUAUCCUAUACACCAGCGCAAAAAUCAAGUGGGGGGAAACUAGCCAAACUCGGAAGGCCGUCGACAGGGCAGUGGCGAUCCGAUGCACCAACCGAUGCACUGCACAGCUCCGUCACCUGCUCCGUAUCCAUGAAGCCGCAACCCCUAUAGGGGCUGAAUAUAUCCGUCUUGCCCACAUGGUGGAAUGGCCCAAAUGGAUCCGCAAUCCAAACCUCCUCCCGUCCACGUGCUGGCACCGGCUGGCGCCAUAG